CCACAUGCCGCAUCCAUAUUGACUGUCUCUAUCUCAUCUACUCCCCCUAUACACUUUCUCGCUCGACAUACAACCUCCCUCACUCACCUAUAUUAAAGAAAACCGCAAACAUGUCCGAAGUCGCCUUCAUCAAAUCCUUCCUCUCAUCGCUCGACUCCCGCCCCAUCAAGCUCCGAGCAGACUAUGUCCUGGACGAAGAGCGAGUCGGACCUCGCGUCCCUUACCUCCUCCCCCGCCUCAGCGCCCCGCACCCCGAAAUGCCCAAGAAAGUGCAACGGACGCAAGCCCCGGGCUCCUCGAAAUCCAUAACCGUACACGUAAAGAGCGCACGCAACCCCGCAUUCGAAUUCACCCUGCCCAACGCACCCAUCACCACGACCUCAGUGCAGGACCUCAAAGACGCAGUUCAGGAACGGGUGGUUGACGCACAGGACGGAAAGGUGUCAUUGGAGAAGAUCAAGAUUCUGUAUAAGCGGAAGCCGGUGACGGGGAAGACGAUUGCGGAGUUGUUGGCUGAUGAGCCGGAGAUGUUGGCGGGAGGCAAGGAGGUGGAGUUUGGGGUGAUGAUUAUGGGAGGGGCGAAGGUUGUGGAGGGUGGUGAGGGAGAUGGGAAUGCUACUGCUGCCGCUGCGCCUAAGGCGGCGGUUGGGCCAAGUGGGGAGGAGGUGUUGAGGACGGAGGCGUUUUGGGAUGAUUUGCAGGGGUUCUUGGAGCAGAGGUUGAAGGAUAGUGAGGAGGCGAGGAGAUUGAGGGGGGUGUUUAAGGGGGCUUGGGAGAAGCAAUGAGUUGUUAUUUAAUAUUAUUAUUUAGGUUUGUGUGUUGGGGAGCGUGGGGUGCUUAAUCGUGGGUAGGGGUGUAUUGUAUGUAAAAUGAUACCUUGUCAUGGAAUUAUUUGACAUUGAUUUGGAUG